GGUGCCCGCACUCGCGGCGCCGCGGUGGUGCUGGGGAGGCACCGCCCGCGCUAGGCGGCAGGAGUCGCAACUCCGGGCGCGGGCUCAGUCGUCCCCUUCGCUGCAGCCGCCACUGCCGGGCGCGGGCUCGCUAGUCCUCGCGCUCGCGCUCUCUGGCCGCCCGCGUCUCCCGGCCGCCGCCGCCGUGCAUUUCCCUGUAACCUGGGCUCCUGGAGACUCAGCGCUGGAGCAGAUGGAUAAUGGAGACUGGGGCUAUAUGAUGACUGACCCAGUCACGUUAAAUGUAGGUGGACACUUGUACACAACGUCUCUCACGACAUUGACUCGAUACCCGGAUUCUAUGCUUGGAGCUAUGUUUGGGGGGGACUUUCCCACAGCUCGAGACCCUCAAGGCAAUUACUUCAUUGAUCGGGAUGGACCUCUUUUCCGAUAUGUCCUCAACUUCCUAAGAACUUCAGAGUUGACCUUGCCCUUGGAUUUUAAGGAAUUUGAUCUGCUUAGGAAAGAAGCAGACUUUUAUCAGAUUGAGCCCUUGAUUCAGUGUCUUAAUGACCCUAAGCCUUUGUAUCCCAUGGAUACUUUUGAAGAAGUUGUGGAGUUAUCUAGUACUCGGAAGCUCUCUAAGUACUCUAAUCCAGUAGCUGUCAUCAUAACCCAGUUAACCAUCACCACCAAGGUGCAUUCCUUGCUAGAAGGUAUUUCAAACUAUUUUACCAAGUGGAAUAAGCACAUGAUGGAUACCAGAGAUUGCCAAGUUUCCUUUACUUUCGGACCCUGUGAUUAUCACCAGGAAGUUUCUCUCCGGGUCCACCUGAUGGAGUACAUCACAAAGCAAGGCUUCACAAUCCGCAACACCCGAGUGCAUCACAUGAGUGAGCGGGCCAAUGAGAACACAGUGGAACACAACUGGACUUUCUGUAGGCUGGCCAGGAAGACAGAUGACUGACCUCCAACCCUGGGAGAAAUUUCUGGAAACUGACUCUCCAGGAUGUGGAAGAGACUUUUUUAAAGUGGUUUUUUUUUUUUUAAAUUAUAUUUAUUUGAAAGCCUUGAGGACCAGAAGGAAGUUUUGUGCUUUAGCAGACUCCUCUGUUAUGUUCCCUGUACCCUGAGUAUGCAUGUGCCUGUUCAGAGCCACCAGAGACCUUUUAUUUUAUAUAAAAAGAAGACUGGAAAUCAUUAUGAUAUAUAAUCUACCCUUAACAGAGCUUUUUAUUAUUAUUAUAUUAUUACUAUUACAGUGCUAAAAGAAUUUCAGAUUAAAUGGUCCCUAACUCAGCCAGAAGGCUAAAAGUGCAGGAAUGAAAGAAUAAACAGAGUACUCAUGAUGCCUCGGAGAGAUAUCAAAACAUCAUGUAGGGUGACCUAGUUUCCAAACCAAUAAGCAGUAUUGUAAUAUUAAAGGAAAACUGUUAUAAUCACUUAAAAGUACUUGUUAAGUACUGCAUUUUACAGUUAUGACAACUGUUUCUUCCUAUGCACAUAAGUCAAAUAACCAAAUAUCUGUAGCCAUGGAAAUGUCUGACUAGAAAUAGUUAUAUUGGAUUCUGAUUACAAAAUGUCCCAGUGGUAGAAAUCUUAUGUUUUAUGCCUGGUGCAGUAUAAUUCCCAAUUGUACUGUUUACCAGAAGAAAAGAAACUAAUAAAAAUGAAAUAUGAAAAC